AAAACGUAGAGGGAACUCCUCAUGCACUUUUAGUUUUGACGCUGUGUGGCUGGAAUAAUGGUUAAUGUGAAAACUUGUGAAGAAAGAAUAAUGAGCAUCGAACUUGACCAACCACUACAUGGAGCCCAUCAAGUGCUAAAGUCAGUGUGGAAGCUGAGCUCUCAGUGCUGGCCUGGCUCAGUCACAGAAGGAGUCUUCUCCUCCUCUAGAGGCUGGCUGCGUCGCUUCUUGUUGCUGAAGCUGGUGACCGUGCUGCUGUUCCCCCAUGGGGAUGAACUCCCCCUGCUGGUGAGCUGUGUGUUCAGUCUGCGAGCUCUGUUGCUGCUGCGCUCCCCUCAAAUCUCCACCAAGCCCUCUACUGUGUUCCUGGGCCAGCUGGCCCGAACGGACGCUCUUGUACUGCUGCACUGGGUUAUCCGACUGGGGCUAACAGUGAGAUGGUGGGUUGACGAGGCUGAGAUGAGCCCCAUGAGGCAAACUCUGAGCAUACUUAGUCAGCAGGUGCUUGAAGCUCAUCACUUGGCUUCUCUGCUCCUGCUGGGGCUGCUGGGACUGGAGGCCAUGCUUGUUUCUCGCUGGCCCCUGCAGACUCGGAGGUUCAGGACUUCUCAGUGGGCCCAGUUCUGCUGCAGUCUGCUCUGGGCACUUGUGCUACUAGAAAUUGUGUCUUCGCUGCACUCUAAACUCUUUCAGCACAUUAAACAACAGACGUACCACUCGACACUGCCUGUUCUCUCCCUCUGCAUGAGGAGGAUGUUAUGCCCACUGUUGACGACUCCCCCUCUCUCCCCCUUUUCUCCCCCUGUCACCCCUCCUUCAUCGCGGAGAGGUGCUAUUGUCUCGUUUCCUGUGGCCGCGCGAGCCCUGUGCGCACAUGUACGCUCGCGCACGCUCUCUCGCGCGCAGCAGUACUGGGCGGAGGACCAGCGAGCCGAACAGCCGUGCAUCCUGACUGACUCUGACUCUGUUUGUGUGUCUGAGGGUCCAUGA